AUGGAUAAAAGCCUUCUCCUUGACACUCCCGGGUAUUCAAAUGAAGAGUCGCCGAUCACAAGCCCGCCUCAAGGUGUGCAAGAUUAUCAAACGAUCACACGAGCGACCAACCAACAAACACCAGAGAUUUUCUAUGCGAAUAAGAGACGCCUCCAAGCCAUCCGAGCCGCCUCGAUCGGUGCUCUUGUGUUAAUCAUUUUGCAAACGGUUGCGGGCGUUGCAUCUGGCUCCCUAGCAGUAGCAUCUGACGCUGGGAGACUAUUCGCCGAUUUCAUCGAACAGCACCAUUACAGUCAAAUUGAUACACCCGUUUAUCGACGCCUAGAAUUGAUUGCAAUAUUCGGAUCAGCACUCGUUCUCACAUUGAUUAAUAUUACCUUUGUGGUGAUUUCAAUUCAACAUUUAAAUGAAGGUUACUUCGAGAUUUUGGAAAGUUGGAUGCUUGUCGGCGCCAUUUUGUCAAUCACAACAAACACAAUUCUAUUGUUUAUUCAUUAUAAAGCAGAUUGGAGUGGCCAUAUAAAGCAACCAAAUCGUUUGAGAGUUUUGUGGAGAGAAAGGAGAGCUCAAGUUUUCCAUGGAACGAUAAAUCAUGGAAUUGGAGGAGUGGCUGUGUUAGUUGCGGCAAUCUUUGCGAUGAAAGGUGACUUUACGAUAGAUUCAAUCGCCACUUUUGUGAUCAUUGCUUUCUCAAUGGCUAACAUUCUAUCAGCUCUUCUUAAAGUCAACAAAGAGUACAAGACUUUCCGCUUCUUUCAACAAAGUUAUGAAAUUGCUGACAUUGCUGAAAAUUUCAAU